AUGUCUGCACCAGACGACACGAACCUCAAAGCCCUACUUCUUCUUUCUAAGGAGAGCCUUCUGGCACGUGCUCGCGAAAGCCUUCUGAGAAGUUUGCCCAAUAACAAACUAGCUAAGUUAGUCGCGCAAAUAAUCAGCCGAGAUAAGCCGCGAGGUGAUCUAGAAGAGAUCGCACGCAUGAUGCUAGAUGUCCUUGCAAGGCGUGAUGCCCAGAAUGAUGCCCUUCACGGUCUCGCUACGAAAAAUGACACAGCAGUCACAACAGGUACACAGACGGCUGACAAAACUGGCCUUGUCUCGAAGGUAUCCAAAGAGACGACAAAAGAUAAAAGUCCUCUGCCGACGCGAAAGCGACCCGCUAGCGAGCGAUCCCCGUCCACCAUCGAAGAGACUGCAAAUACAAAGCGUGCAAAAAAUGAAGAUGAAAGUACGGCGCCUUCACUCCGCACUUGGAACCACGAACAGAUAGCCGGAAAGCCGGUACAAGUCACGGCAGUUUUGUACUGGAAUCCCGUCAAGGAGUGCUACUCCAAGCUAGCUCUUGAUAAAGCCGGGAAUCCUUUAGCCAACCUCCUCACCUACGAGUUCGAUACUGAAUAUCUCUCUGAAUCAGACCACAUCGACACGUGGAAAGAUAUUAACACGACAGCGUGUGGAAACUGCAUCCAUCAUGAGCAGAUCUGUGCCCGCCUGGUCAAUUUCCGGGGAUCGAUCAAGCUUGUCUUCUUUCCCUUACCACCCCGAUUACGGUGCGUUGAUGAACUACAGGAACCGCGCCUCUGGAUACUGUCGGCAAGGUACGAUUAG